AUGGAGGGCACUGCACCGUCAUGCGCCAGGCCACCCCGCCGCUUCAAGGUGGUCCUGCUGGGCAAUCUGGGGGGGAAAGCUCUGAUUAUGUUUAGAGUGGGCAAGUCGUGUCUGGUGGAGCGGGCAGACAAGGGCUACGUGCGGCAUCAUGGCAACCCGACCAUCAACGCCUCGUUUCUAGUCAAGACGGUGACCCUUUCCUCUGGCGAGCGCGUCCAGCUGGAGAUAUGGGACACCGCGGGACAGGAAAAGUACAAAUCCCUCUCGAGGCUCUACUAUAGGGGCGCCCGGGGCUGCCUGCUGGUCUAUGACGUGUCCAAUCGCCAGUCCUUUGCCGAAUGUAAAAAGGAUCGUGAGACUGAAAGCUGUGUCUUGUGGCUCGUGCGACGGUGGGACAGUCUCGAGCAGUGGUUGGGAGACUUUAGGAGCGUGAUCGACCCUUCGUGCAUCCCGUUCAUCCGAGUUGUGGCUGCCAAGUGCGACCUGGCCGCCAACGCCCAACAGGUUUCCGUCACAGAAGCCGAAGCGUGGUGUGCUCAGAACCACUGGCGCACGAGCGCAAUGACAGGUGAAGGUGUCGACGCCCUGUUCAACAGGCUGGCGGAGGACCUCGCCUCUCAGCCAGAGCCGGAGACCUUUAGCCGGGUGUGCAUUGUCCCGUACUCCCACGAGAAAAACGCGUGUUGCUGCUCGAUCAUGGCGCCGCCACCACCGAACGUGGUCUCGCGCCUCUUCGCCAGCCUGCCCGAUCAGGGCGUUCCGCAGAGGCGCGGCAACGACGUAAUCGCGGGCUCAGUCCCCAUGAUGAGCAAGCAACGGGGAACAACUCGUCUGAGCAUCGACGGGGUGGAGCGCACGGUCGGCGUUGAUCUCAUUGCGGCGGCCAAAUCCUACCUUCGAUUCCUGGACAUGAUCGAGCAGCAGCACGCGGAUCUGCUGACCAAGGAUUCAGCUUCGCUGGCCUGCGCCUUCCCUCGAUACGCCAAGUUCCUGAGGCUGGCAGCCCUCUAUCCUGAUCGUCGGCUGUACGCGCCGCCGGACAUUGAGCUCCUGUGGAAGACCCACCUCAUUCGUCCAGCCCAGUACCGCCAGGAAAUGGAACUCCUGUUCGGACAUGUGGUGGACCACUCGGAGCUUAUUGACGAGCCAAUCGGCAGCGGUGGCGCGCCCGCCUCACUGUUGGCCGAGACCGAGCGCCUGUGGACACGCCACUACGGCGAAACCGGCCCCUACGCGACUGUCGGUCAGACUACCCAGACCGAUCCGGCCCAGCACGCUGACGGCGUGGCUGUGAGGCUGCCCUGUGGGCGAGAAGCUCCGUCGUGGCAGGCCGUGGUGGCGAAGAUAUCAGUACAGGCAAGCGACGUGGAGAAGGACGCGCGGUGGUUGCCCUCCCUCCGCGCCUUCGUUGCCAAGAACACGACGGAGGAGUUAUGCGAGGACGAGUGCGCGCUGCGUCAAUGGGUGGAAGGCUACGCCCGCUUCCUCGCCGAUUGCAAGCACGCGUUGGGGGAUCUCCAGCCACAGCAGGAUCACCACGAGGGACCCACCUACGAGAUCGACCUCGUGUGGCAUGCGCACAUGAUGCACCCGGUGGUGUACGGGCGCGACUGCCAGGUGUUGGGCAUCAACCUCAACCACUUGCCCUGGCCCACCAACAACAGGCCUUUGUUUUAG